GGAAAAUUUGUGCUGUCGAUUAAAUUUAAAUAAAUAUACGCUACGAUAGGGAUUGUUUUAAUAAGAAUAUUAUGCUAAGAUCUUGUUGUGUUGUGUAUUAUAUGGAAGCUGUGAAAAAAUAUUGUAAAGUGCAUUUGAAUUAUUAUUGAGGUUGAAGUGAUUUUGGAAUAACCAAAGUACCCUAGCUGCUAGUGAACGGCACCAGACAGAAAAGAAAAGGCUGCUUAGCAUCGUACUGCAGCACUAGGUCAUUAUUUUCUUUAGGUGGAUACUACAUGGAAUGUAGCCUUUGCUCAACAUGAAUGGAGAUGUCAAUGGCAGUAUGGCUGAGUCAAUGGAUGUAAACCUUAGUUCACCUGACCAAUCAAAACUUACUCUAGAGGGCUGUGAUGAUGUCAAGAAUUGUGAGAAUAUUGUUAAAGCGGACAGCUGUAACACUUCCGUCAGUGAGUCCAUCAAUGGAUCAGUGGAUGGUGGUAUAGUUGAAAGAUCUGGGACUGAAAAUAGCAGUGAUCUCAUUGAUAAGCAACUAAAUGAUAAUGCAAGCAAUCUGAGCGACUCUGAAAAGUUAACGCAAGAGCUAACAAACAAUGUUGUAGCGAAAAGUCCCUGUGAGAAUGGUAAUAAGUCAGAUCCAGAAUCAACAGAAAGUUGUCAAAUGGAUUUCAAAAUUGUUGAUUCAAAUAAAUCCAAUGAAUUAGUAAAAGAUUUCAAAGAUAAUGUAUCUUCAAAAGAAAAUGGAUGCAUAAAAGCAGCAGAUCAGGAUUCCAUCAAUGAAAAUGACACAGAUGAUGACUCUAUGGCAGAAGAAGGCUCUGCUAUAUCUGGUGAAGCCAGAGCUGAAGAUACUGUCAGUAUUGAUUCUGAUUCAGAUAAAGAUGCUGAUGAAACUUCACAGGAAAGCCAAAGUAAAAAGAAAAUAUGUGAUAUAAUUGUAUUGGACAGUGAGAAAAGCCCUAAUAGCAAUAACUCAGAAGUACAUGAAAUUGAUAGUGAUAAUGAAAAUGAAGAUUGUAUUAUAGCUGGUGAAGAAAAAACAGAUUCCAACAAACAAGAAAAUAAAGUACAACUGAGAAGGAGCAGUAGAGCCAUAAAGAGAAAACGGUACACAGAUGAAGUAGAAAAUGAAAAUGAGUCUGAUAUAGAAGAAGUGGAACCAGUUGAUCCAUUAAAACGCAAAAGCAAGCCUAUAGUUAUUAAUGAUGCAAAGGCUUUAGUUGCAAUGGCUGCAAGACAAAUGAAAUCUGAUCAGGGCAAUGUUAAGAAAAAGGAGCCUACUGUUGUCAUUAUUGGAGGUAAUUUAUCUUCAAAUAAGAUGAAUACACCACAGAUUAACAAAUCCUCAGUUGCUAUUAAUAAUGCUGUGAAUGCCCAAAACUCUGCAAAUGCCCAUAGUUUGUAUCAAAGUAUUAUUGCCAGAGGCACAAGUGUGACUCCAGUUAGUAUUAAAAAUAACAACACUGCAACAACAACCACAACAACACAAAAUCCACAGCCUGUAAUUUUGCCCUCUUUAACUGAUGAUAUGUUUGUGGUAGAAGCUCCUUCUUUCAUAGUUCCAUAUGUCUAUGAAAAACCAUCUAUAACUGCAUUCAGGGAAUUCGUUGACAAAUUAGGUAAACAACUUGAAGAAGAUAGGGUUAAAGAAGAAAUUAAAGAGAAAGAAAAACGAGAAAAGGAAAAACAAGAAAGGAGAGAUAGGGGAGAAGAAGUUGAGUCAGAUGAUCCUGAAAAAAUCAACAAUUUAGAUAAAUCAGAUGAUUGUGAGGAAGAUCAGGGAAUCAAAAGAAAAAAAUCAAAAAAAGGGCAAAAAAGGAGGAACAUGGAAGAUGAUGCAUCUUGGGAUGGUGAAUCAUCAACAGAAUCUGUAGAAUCUGCUUUAGAUUCUGAUGAUGAAGUUUUAAGUGAUCAUAAUGAUAAAAUAGUUGUAAAAGAAAAAAUUGAACCAAUUGAGCAAAUGAAAACUGUUGCUAAUCUCACUGCAGAUAAGAUUUGUUCAAACAAAUCAAAUGUUAAAAGUUCUAUGGAUUGUUCAUUGGGUAAAUUCUUUAUUAAUAUUGGCUUAAAUCUCGUACAGGAGUAUGUACAGAGUGACUUGCUGAAACAGCAAAAUCGUAAACUUAACAAGGAGAAAAAAUCUGGACAAAGUACAAAAGCUAUAGAAUCUUCAAUAGCACAACUUGUGAAAAACUUAGAAUUUAGUAAAGAAAAUAAUGCACCAUACAGCUUUCCUCAAAAGAAAUGCGAAUUCUGCAGCUUCAAAACAGAGUCGAAACUUGUCAUGGCGCAGCACUUAGAGACGCCCCAUAUGAAAAACAAUGUUUAUACGUGUAAUUUUUGCACAUACGAAAUUCGUAGUCCUCAUGAUAUUUUGUUUCACAUGGAUUCCGUGCACAAUAUAAAAGGUAAAUUAGAGAGAGCUCCAUCUGGUCAUCAAUGUGUCAAUUGUCCAUUUGAAGACAAUGGAAAAGGAAAACUAGCACGGCAUUUGAUUGCCUGUGCAAAGAAGUUUAAACCUGAAUAUAAUCUUGCCCCUCCUGUUGACUGGGAACCACCUGCAAAGAUACCAAAGAUAGCCCGGCCACGUAAUAACGUAAUGAGUCCGUAUCAAAACGCGUUCCAUCGUAGUACAAUGGGCACGCCUAUCAGGGGUUCCGUGAACAUGGGGGCCGUGGUUAGUGGAAACCCUGGGUACCGACCUCGCGGUCGAUCGCCUAUGGGAAUGCCUCAACGGCCGCCAGUCUAUGGGGUGCCUAUAAUGCGAGCCUCUAGUGUACGACAUAACAACCCCUCUGCACUGAAUAUGCCGAAUAACUUUACAAUAGGAAAUAAUAACAAACCAAAGUCUUCGCACCAACCUUCGAUUUCUAUCACGCCUCUACCGAGACAGCCCGCGCCGAACCCAGUGGCGCAACCCACUAACGUCAAUGCCAAUAACAAAAACUCGUUCGUUAUUUGUGAAAUCUGUGACGGGUACAUAAAGGACUUAGAACAGUUGAGAAAUCACAUGCAGUGGAUACACAAAGUGAAAAUCCACCCUAAAAUGAUUUACAAUCGGCCACCACUCAAUUGUCAAAAGUGUCAGUUCAGGUUCUUCACAGAUCAAGGCUUUGAAAGGCACUUGUUAGGGUCGCAUGGAUUAGUCACGAGUUCCAUGCAGGAAGCCGCCAACAAAGGGAAGGAUGCUGGCAGAUGUCCCGUUUGUGGAAGGGUUUACCAAUGGAAACUUUUGAACCAUGUGGCCCGUGACCACAAUCUAACUUUAAAACCGGGUCAUCUUUCGUACAAAUGUACCGUGUGUACAGCUACAUUUGGCAUGUACAAGCAGUUUGAGCACCACGUUUAUUCGGCACAUAGUGUUGUAGCUAAACGAGUCAUGGACAAGAAUAAGACGGCCACGAAGCCAACUAAAGGAAACAACGACACUCUUCUGAAGCCACUGAAAAUUAACGAGGAAAUUACUAUAACACCACAAUCGGUCAAGUCCGCGGCGUCCAAGCCUGCCAAAGAUAAAUAAGGAAUAUGAAAAUGCGGGACCGGCGUCAACUAUGAAUCGCAAGCUUGCCUUUGCCACUUAGGACAGAUACAUACACACUGCAAUUCUAAAAUUAGAGCGCAUUUCAAUUUUCCUGUGACGAGUAAGAUUCUUAGAAACUAUAGUAAUUGAUGAAAAUGUGGGCCUAAAUGAUAAAAUAUGUCGCAUUUCAGAAGCCUCAUCUGUAUCAAAAUGUUACCAUAGAUAUAUGAUACAAUAGGGUGGUUGUCCGCUGAAUGUUGAAUUGUCAAUCACUAGAUGUCAAUUCAUGUUUUCUUCUGGGUCAAAAUUAACCACACUUUCUCCAGAAAAGCAUGCGAUCUCCCCUGGUGGCAAAACCAACGUUUUAAAAUUGGCAGGAGAGGAUUCCAUUCAUAUCAGUACGAUACGAAUAAUAUUGCUAGCGAUUAUUAUGUAAUAAGUAAAAUAUCAAUAAUUACAAUAAAGAGGAAGUUUUCUUUUGCCAUUUUUAUAAUAUGUCAUUGUACAGUUUAACUAUGGUAACGUACAACUGCUGCGAUUACGUUUCUG